AUGAACGUGAGACAGCUCAUUCUACUACACGAAAUUCUACAACUGUUGUUGUACAAACACACAAUGUUAUUGCUUCUCCUUCUCCUCAGCAGCAACCACAGCCACAGUAUUAUCAACCACCUCCUUCUUAUGUUCCCCCUCCACCACAAACUCCAUCUUAUGCUCCUCAACAUAAUUCUCCAUAUGGAGCUCCUCCUCAACAAACCCUAUUUAUGGCAUUCCUCCUAA